GCUGGAAGUGACGUCUGUUUGUCCUUCUCAUUCCUGGCCUUUAAAUUUGUCAAACGUCGGUAGAUUCUAGCUGGACAAUCUGAACUGUAUGCUAGCUGCUACUGAACAUCAGAUGGGAACUUCCAGUCUGAAUUAACAGAAAGCCACUGUUCCUGCACUCAUCUGAGAUAUGUCUGGUCAUGCGUGUGCCCGCAUCCUACACAGAACCACAAGAUGCACACGGACACACUCUCCGCUGUGUCACCAUUAUGGCCACUGCUUGCCAUCCGCAUCUUGGUGGCCUUUAGCCCAGACUAUCUGCCUCUCCUCCAGGGCAUGCUCCCAUGUAGGACGCUUUGGCAGCCAAGGUUCUAGUCCCAGGUCCCUGGCUGGCUUUGACUUUCAAACUCAAAGGCUUCUCUCAACACGGCAGGAUAUGGAUUUCCAGCACAACCGGGUCCAGAUUAACAGCAUUUUAAGAACCAAUGAGCAGUCUGUGAGUGUCCCUGAGUUCGAUGGGAGGGGUCUUAGCGCUGUGAGGAAGUUUGACAGCAACCAGCUGCCAGCCAACACGCCCAACGAGGACCGCCGCAGCACUGCCACCUGCCUACAGACUAAAGGAAUGCUGUUUGGAGUGUUUGACGGCCACGGGGGCUGGGCAUGUGCCCAGGCGGUCAGCGAGCGGCUGCUGUACUACGUGGCUGUAGCCAUGAUGUCUCAGCGUGGCCUGGAGGAGCUGGAGCGGUGUGUGGAGCAGGGCCAGCCCCUGCCUCCCAUCCUGCAGUGGUACAAACACCACAGCGACUACAACUACCGCGAGUCUGCCUCGCUCUACGUCGACCACCUCAGAGUCUUCUGGCAGGAGCUGCUGGACAGCGAGGAACACGGCGAUGGCAUGAGCCCCCCUGAUGCCCUGGCCCAUGCCUUCAAGCGCCUGGACACAGAUAUAUCCCUGGAGGCCCAGGUCCCUUUAUCCAGUGACCUCAUGAGAAGCACAGCCAUACAAGUAGCGUUUGCUGGCUGCACUGCGUGUGUGGCUCACGUGGGGCCUGAGGGCAUCCAUGUGGCCAAUGCGGGGGAUUCCCGGGCAGUGCUGGGGGUGCAGGAGACGGACGGAUCCUGGAGCGCACUGCCCCUAUCUUUUGACCACAACUCCCAGAACCAGUCUGAGAUGAAGCGGAUCCGGGCUAAACACCCCCCCUCAGAAAGGGACACGGUUGUCAUGGACGACAGACUGCUGGGAGUCCUGAUGCCCCUCCGUGCUUUUGGUGAUGUCAGGUUUAAGUGGAGCCGUGAGCUGCAGCAGAACGUUCUAGACAGCCUGGAGUCCGGAGUGGACCUGGACUCUCUCAACCUGUACCAGUACACCCCACCCAACUAUCUUACCCCUCCUUACUUGGAUGUUGCUCCUGAGCUGGUCUAUCACAAGCUGCGGCCUCAGGACCGCUUUUUGAUCCUGGGCUCUGACGGGCUGUGGGAUGAAAUGGGAAACGAGGAGGCGGUGCGCCUGGUCGGGGAACACCUGACUGGGAUUCACCUACAGGCUCCAAUGUCUGCCAGCGAGAGGCAGCUGAACCUGGGCCGGAUGCAUGAGCUGCUGCAGAGACGGCUCGCUCGUGCCGACCCCUCUCCAGAUCCCAACGCUGCCACACACCUCAUCAGGCAUGCCUUGGGCACGGGGGAGUAUGGAGAGCUGAGCCAGGAGAGGCUGGCCGCCAUGUUGGCACUACCGGAGGACCUGGCCCGCAUGUACAGGGAUGACAUCACAGCCACUGUGGUGUACCUGAACUCUGACCUGAUCAAGACUCACCAUAGUUAACAGCCACUGUGGUGUACCUGAACGCUGACCUGAUCAAGACUCACCAUAGUUGACAGGCAAACUCUCACUGUCUUACUGACAGAUGUAUUUUCUCUCUUGAGUCAAGCAGACUAGUGGUGUCACAUCUACAAGCUGGAUUUCAUACACUGGACGCUUAUUUAAAGAGGCUACCUCAUUAUGGAGAUAAUCUAAAACAUUUCCAUUAAAAUAAUUCAGGAUAUUUAUUCUUGCCCAUUGCGAUCCUUUUAAUUUGACACAGAUCAGGAUUCUGCAGUUCAUGUUACUUUGCCGGACACUUCAUGAUUUUAAAGGUCAAUUUUAAUGGACGUGUUGCACAACCUCACUUUAUUCUCAUAGGUCAAAUUGUAUGUAGGAAAUAAUAAAAAAUUAUUUUUAUGUUUCA